AAUCCGGGUCAAAGGAAAUCCAAACGCCUUUAAAAUAAGAUGUGAGGUUGUGAGAGAUGUGCAGUGGCAGCAAGCACUAAAACCAGUGUAUCGGCAAUCGUAUCAUUCACUACCGAUACGAGGUGCUGUAGCGGCAUCGUUCAUGGAUGGUACGCAUGAAAUAGAAGUGGAAGAAGCGAACACAUCGACCAACGACGCUCCGAGACGGAGAUGCCUAACUCCAGGUGGGCAAGCACUAGCCGAUUCCAUGCUGAAAUCGGUCAACGCAUCCAUUUCCAAGCUCAGAAGUGGAAAUCCACCCACCAUCUACAUAGUCCCACAAAGAAUCCGGCAAGUAAACGAGGUUGCAUAUGAACCUCAGGUGGUGUCGAUCGGCCCAUACCAUAACGGCAAGGAGAGGGUACAAGGCAUGGAAGAGCAUAAAUGGAUGUAUCUACAUUCGUUCCUCUCCCGCAAUCGCAUACGUCGGUUGGAGGACUACCUCGAGGCGAUUGAAGAAUUGGAGGAUGAAGCUCGAAGUUGCUACUCCGAGAAAGUGGGCCCCCAGAUGGGCAACGAGUUUGUGAAAAUGAUGAUGCUUGAUGGUUGCUUCAUUGUCGAGUUCUUUCUCAAGUGCAAUGAGCUCAGGCUCAAGCAAAAAGAAGAACUCGAUCAAAAAGAGAAGGCGGUCAAGCCAAAAGAGAAAGAGCUCAAGCAAAAAGAUACGGAGCUCAAUCCUAUAGAGGAGGAACUCAGUCUUCUUUCUGCGUUUAGUACGUUCUCCAAAGACGCAAUAUUUAAUACGACUGGGAUGGUGUCUCUUAUAGGGUAUGAUAUGCUCCUACUCGAAAAUCAAAUUCCUUUCUCCAUUCUGCAGCGUAUUUUCAUAAUGGCUCGUCCAAUUCACGCACCGCAUAUGCUUGCGGAGAUGGCCCUUGAUUUCUUCGAUCAAUUAAUGCCUAGGAAUAAGGAAAUCAAGAACAAGGAUACCUACCUUCAUCUGCUCCAUUUGUUCCACUCGCAUUUGAUAACGACGCCGACUCAUAAAAACGAUCCCAAACUUUCCAGAAAUUCUACCGUUGAAUCCGUCCAAAACAAAGAGACCAACCUUCUGUGCAAUCCAACCAUUGAAUCCGUCGUCAACAAUUUCAAGAAUAUAUUCAUGUUCUUCCCAAGUUCAAAUAAGUUACAGUUGCCAAUUAGUAAUAAUAAUCCAUCUCCAGUAAGCAUCAAGAUGAUCCCUUGUGCGGCUGAGCUCCAACUUGCAGGUGUCAAGUUCAAGAAGAAAGAUGAUUCGAGUAGCAUCUUAGACGUGAAAUUUAGCCACGGGGUGUUGGAAAUCCCGCCCUUGUCUAUAACUGAUUCCACCAAUACUCUCUUUCGGAACCUUGUAGCGUUCGAACAAUGCUACCGGGAAUCAACAAUCCGCUUCACAACUUACUUCUGGUUCAUGGAUUGCCUUGUAAACACGUCCAAGGAUGUGGCGUUACUCCAUCGCAAAGGGAUCAUCGUUCAUUGGUUGGGAAGUGAUGAGGAUGUUGCCUAUCUAUUCAACCGUCUCUGCAUCGGGAUAUUCCAUAAUUUCGACGAAAAUUACCUUUUAGAUCUACAUCAGAAUGUGCAAAAACAUUGCAAGAACCAAUGGAACAUGUGGCGGGCGAGCUUGAGGCGGGAUUAUUUUACCAAUCCAUGGUCUGUCAUUUCUUUGAUCGCGGCUUCGAUCCUACUCCUGGUCACCAUCACCCAAACGUUCUUCACCGUCUUUCCCUAUUACCGACCACGGUCCUAGUUCUUGAUCAUCAUGUUUUAAUGGUUUAGAUUAUUUUGAUUUUUAUCAUUUCUGUU